UCUAGGCUGACCUCUCAUAUACUGUAUAUCGGAUAAUGCUCACCAAACACCGCCUAACCUACACUCAGUAAAUGAUAAGGAGCAGGUUGACAUCAACAAAACUUGCAAUUUCUCACAAAUACAUCGCUUGAAGGUUCAUCUAAAAGGGAUAAACUAAAUGCUCUUUCCGACGUACACUGUGUCUCGGGGUGCCUAUAUUAGCAUAAGAGUUGGUUACGAUCAAUCACAGAAGGUCACGUGAUCUAGAAAGACUUGAAGAAGGAUCCAUUGCGAGAAAAACACAUGGGGAUAACAAGGCUGGACCAGGUAUGCACCAAAUCUUAUUGGCCUCCGAUUGUUUGGGACUGAUCUACAGCGCUAAACGUUAACACUGUCGCUUAUGGAAAAUUAAUGGGGGUCUGUAGUCAGCUAAGGUCCUCAUGAACUCAGCACGUACGUAUUCCGUAUAUUCGUAAUCCACAGCUUGCUGCUUUUGUGAAAGAUUUGCCUCCCUUGACGGUAGGUAUCAGUUCGAGUAUUCUAUGCUGUUAACAUUUGUAAGUACCAGCGUGAUGGAAUUUAAGCAACUACGGUAAUCCACUGUGACUACUCUGUCUGUAAAAUUUCUUGUAAAGUUAAUUAUUUUGAAUCAUUGUGACUUGCUUCUGUGCAGUGAGAAACUUUCUGGGGGUUCACUGCACGAUUAAAUCAUAUAUACAGCCUGGACUUAAUUCACAGCUCGAUUUUAAUAGGUUUGAUAUUUCAAAGGAGACAUUAUAUCCGUUCCUUACAUAUGUACAUUUACGCAAACUAUGCAUAUGUUUAUAUAUCAUACAUGUAUAUACAAUCGUCUGUCUACACGUACUUAGGUCAUGGCUUUGUUUGUUUGCGUAUGUUUCUUGACGAGCCCCAUGGCCAAGAGGGUCACCAUGCCAGCGCCAUGCAACGACCCAUGAACCAUUCAUCAAACGGUCACUGUGAGUGGUAGUCCAACACUUCGUGGAUUUUUCCUCCGACACAGCCCGGUUACCUCCCAGGAUAACCGCCGUCAAACAAAUGUCUGGAAACACCUGUCCGCUGGAGAGUUUCAUGCAGACGACAAAACCAUGAAGGCUUGGCUUUGACUACGAUUUUUUUAGAGUUGCAAGUUCAGGUCUGGAAAAGUCUCCUGGGUGUUAGUGAACAAAACUGGUACAUUGCAUCUUACCAUGUGACUAUGACGGAUUGGAGGCCAGCUUGUGUGUGAGACAUUGACCAGUACCUUUCCUCAGACAUGUUUGUGUAAACCAUGGCAUCUUGGAAAGUUUGUGCAGCCGUGGUAUGUGUUUAUGGGUUUCUGAAGGCAAUGCGGCCAUCAGAACCAUAUCUGACACCAUACCUGACACAGCCUCCAGUCAACCUGACACAGUCAGAGGUGUAUAACCAGGUGUAUCCGGUCUGGACCUAUUCUUACCUGGUGGCCUUGAUCCCCACAUUUUUGCUUACAGACCUGCUACGCUACAAGAUUGUGAUUAUCUUCGAGGCCUGCUGCUACGUAGGCACAUGGAUCAUGCUACUAUUUGGUCGUGGGGUCCUCACGAUGCAAUUCAUGGAGUUCAUUUAUGGUUUUUGCACAGCCACGGAAAUCGCCUACUACGCUUACAUUUAUGCUGUGGUCGACUCCCAACAUUAUCAAAAAGUAGCCGGGUACACCCGAAGUGCCAUCCUCAUGGGAAAAUUCAUCGCAGCUGUGAUAGGCCAACUCUUGAUAUCGUUUGAAGUUACAGACUUGUAUAGCCUUAACUUUAUUUCCUUAGCCAGCGUGUCUCUCUCGCUUAUCGCUGCUCUUUGCCUUCCGCCAGUGCAGCAGUCAAUUUACUUCCAUCGUAGAGAGAGGAACACGCGAGAAUUGAGGACCGCUGACCAGAUCCGACAAAGUCAAAAUGGAGAGGUGAAUCCGUCGUACACAGCCUUCCCAGAAACCCCUAGAUCAGACUUACCUAAUAGUCCGGUAAACAUGAGCCCAAACGAGGACUUCAGUUCUCGAUCCAGAUCACCAACAAAUGGCAUUGGAUCUACGACCAGUUUGGAUGGAGGACGCAGUAGUUAUCUCCCCUUUCCUUUUUACGGGGAUGUUGACACGAGCUCCAUUGCCUGGUCUUUGCAAAGCGAUCAGUAUUCCCAGAAUUCCUCGGGAUCUGUUGCCGUAGACGGACCGCUAGAAAGCAUGAAAACACCCCAGGAUGAUCAAGAUCAUUUAUUAAAGGAAAAACUGUUAUGUUGGCAGAAAUUCAAGGAUGUCAUUGUCACGCUGUGGAGAGAUUUUCGCUCAACUUACUCCCGAAAAAUCUUACUGGCUUGGUCGAUAUGGUGGGCAAUUGCCUCCUGUGGGAAUUUCCAAGUGGGAAACUAUGUGCAGAAUUUGUGGGCAGAGGUGGAUCCACAUCGAUCCAAUCCCAAAAAAUACAAUGGGGCCAUAGAGGCAGCAGCUACGUUGUUAGGAGCACUGUCAUCAUUUUUUAUCGGGCUGAUCCCUGCCAACUGGACAGCCUAUGGGGAACUGCUGCUGGGCACGAUAUCCCUGAUGAACUGUGCAGUGCUGGUCGUCAUGGCAUACACCACCAACAUCUGGGUGGCAUACUGCCUGUAUGUGUUCUUCAGAGCAGCCUAUCAGAUGGUGAUAACAGUGGCUACAUUUCAGAUAGCCCGUUACUUGGAGGCUCAAAGAUUUGGUCUUGUUUUUGGCUUCAAUACAUUUAUAGCUUUGCUACUGGAAACCAUCCUGACAGUCAUUGUGGUGGACAAGAGAGGACUGAAUGCCCCUAUAACAACACAGUUUGCCGUGAAUGGUGGUUAUUUUGGUGUGAUGGGAUUAGUCUUCUUCAUCGCAGCUGUUGUGAAUCUGUCAAGGAGGGGCUGUGUGAGCUGUCGAAUGGAAGAGAUCCCAACAGUAGAACGUGCGGGAGCGUCAACAUAAAGAGCGUCCACUACAUUUAAUCUACGACGUCAUGACUGUAUCACUGGUAGUCUAGAUGUACAUAUAGCCUUAUAGCGCUGAAGCAGUACUUUUGAGUGAUGUAGUACUCAACAAUACCUGCGCCAUUUAUAUCAUGGGAUGCAUUUUAGCGCUUAUGUAGUUGUGAAUUGGGCCAAAUCCUGUUCCUGAUUUUGGUUGAAUUUGUAUUGAUUUUGAUGUUGUGUGAUAUAUUAUUAUUUAUUCACCUGGUGAAUGUAAUGUUUAAAUGUGUGUGUGGCUUAGCCAUUAUAUAUAUUCACCAAGCCGCAAAGAAGCAAAUUGACCUACAAGCUUCGAGCAUAAUGUCUUUAUGGCAAGGUUUUGUCCUGAAGUAUUAGCAUUCUAGUGGAUUUUAUCUGUGAUAAGAUGUGCGAGUUUGGAAUGAAUGGUGCAAAAAGUUUACAAUACUUUUCUUGCCAUGUGAUAUGAGAGUAGAAGGACUACGAUGAACGAGAUUGAAACGGGGACAUGUAAGGGGAGACAAACUAUUACAAAAUAUCUAUUAGAAAUUACAUGUUGGCAUCCUCAUUCAUUUAGUUCAAAUUUUUCAUGUUUUCACAACUGUUAAACUGUAGUACCUGAUUUAAUAUAUAUUAGGUAGUCCAUUAUUGUUGUACACCAGGUUUUUGC